UGUCUGGGGAGGUAUGGGGUCAUAACCAUCAUUAAGGCGGUGCUGAGCCAGGCCAUCCAAGAUGCAUCUCAACUUGCUCCCCAGUACCCCUGGUAUCCUUUUCCUCAAGAGUGUGGCCCUCCUGGCCAUGUCAUUCUUCGUCCCGUACUGGGCUCUCUUCUACCACCACGAACAUGAGUUCAUGGUGUUUGCCAGCCCAUGGAUCAUAUGUGUGAGAAAACAGUGUAAGAUCAUCAAGAACAUUGGACAUGCAGAAGGCUGUCGUGCCUCGUUGCUGAUGUCACUGCUGCUGUCAUUGCCGCUGGGGCUGAGUGUGCCGGCACAGUGCACUGGAAUCUUGUCUAGCUCCCUGCCAGAGCUCAUGCCCUUCUUCACAAGUCUCAUCUGCCUGACAGUCGGUAGCGUUGAAUUCCUCGCCUUCGUAUUCUUCCGCCUCAUGUUGAACCGGCUCCAGUUUUUAUUAAGGGAAUUCGAUGUGUGGCUCAACUGGCCGGCCUACUUGCUCCUCUUCUCUUCAGUGAUCUACUUCGUUGUUGCAGGGUCCUUCCUCUUCCAUCAUCAUCUUCAUCACUCUACCUCUAUGACACAGUCGUCAGGGAUGCAGUCAGCUCCCCAAAGCCCAGAAGUCUCACAGAGUUCUGACCGUUCUCUGGUCCCCAAAGAUAGUGAGCAACCUGAAACCUCACAGACCAAAACACCCAUGUCUUCUAGAGCUUCUGAAUCAUCUGGGCCCCAAGGCCCAUAAAACCUUCAUUCUCUCUGAGGAUUUCCGACAGUGGCUCAAAGUCCCAGAGAUUCAGAACUUCCUUUUCCCAAAUGUUUAACAGAUCCUGGAGCUCUGAGCAGCCUUGGGUCUCCCAAAACCCUAAAACCUCCUCAUACCCCUUGGGCUUUAGGGUUCAAUCAAUCUCUAGGAAGCCCCCAUGUCUCAACCACUCCAGUUCUCAGAGUUCUACUUCAAGACCCACAGACCUCUAAAGUUUUGCUCCCAAGAUCUCAAAGGUACCUAUCUCCAUCACCCCUUCCCCAUGGCCAUAACUCUCUUCUGAAUGGUAAAAAUAUUGACUUUUAGAAGCGAGCACUUCCCUGCUGGUGGAGGUGUCUAAACUUCCUCCUUUCCCAUAUCAUAACUCCCCUUCCCCCAGCAAAGUAAGAUUUUCCCUCUAUGAGAUUUGUCUCCACCCUCUUGAGGUCCUUGGAGAAAAUGAGGGUGUAGACAGGAACCUGGAUAUUGAGUGUGGUGAAGCCAAGUGGACCAGAAACAGAAAGCCAGAGAAUAAGGAAGAUCUACUGAGACAGAAGGAUGGAAAGAGAUGGUUGUCAAUUUCCUAGAUGAAAUUGCUGUCAUUAAAGAAAGCCUGGGGUUUCUUCCCCAACCCAGUGUUCCACCAUCAUCUUAAUGGCCAACUUGAUUCCAUUAUGGUUAUCCCCAGCUGUAACCCUGCUCUCCAUCUGUACCCCCUCCUCUACCAUCCCACUCUGAUCACUAAUGUCCUUCCCAACUCCACCUCUAAACCCAUUCCCUUUAGCCCCAAACCUAAACCCAUCCUCUAUCCUUUCCCUUAUGCCUAACUUCAAUUCCACUACCUUCCCCAAGCCACCUCCAACUCACCCCACCCUCAAAUCCAUAUCCAUUCUCUAUCUUUAUCUCUGCUCCUAACUCCAAGCUUCAUUCUGUCCCCCUUCCUCUGCCAUGAACUGGAGGGGGGUGAUGAUGUCAGUCUUGGGGGUCUUGGAAGGUUCUAUGGCAGUUGGGACCCUUAAGCGAGUGGGGAAGAUUGGAGAAGCACAGCUGUUAUGUCCAGGGGGAAAUCUAAGGGGACUAGGAGGGACCUGAGGGGACCAGGAAUGAACUGAAGAGAUUAGGAAAGACCUGGUGGAACAAGAAGAGAUCAAGACCUGGGCAGAAGCUGAAGAGAUGGGAAAUAACUAUGGAGGACAGGGAGACAUCUGAGGAAAAGCAGAGGGGCAU